CUGAACAGUGGUCCACUUUACACACGAGCUAGCGUUAGCAACGAGAGCAAGAGCAGCAUCACAGAGUUAAAACGUUUGCUACAGAAAAAACUACAAAUAUCCACACAGGUGCAGGAGUGUCCUGGGCUUAACAGGCAUCCGCAAUGUUGAAUCCGGCCAAUGGCGACCCAAGCCACGUUGUUGUGAAUUAUGUCGAGGAGUAUUUGGAUCUGGUGGAGUCUCUUCCUUUUGACUUGCAGAGGAGCGUGUCCCUCAUGAAGGAGAUUGAUGCCAAAUAUCAAGAUGUUCUGAAGGAGCUUGAUGAUGCUUAUGAACGGUAUCGCCGGGAAUCGGACUCACUUCAGCGGCGAAAGCUUCAGUUGUCCAUUCAGAGGGCGCUGAUUCGCAGUCAAGAGCUCGGAGAUGAGAAAAUACAGAUUGCCGGUCAGAUGGUGGAGUUGGUUGAGAACAGAACACGACAAAUAGACUGGCACUCUGAACUCCUCCUUUCCUCUCAAGAAGUCCCAGAGAGUCACGUUCCCACAGCAACAUCCAUGACAACCACUGCAGCGUCCAUGAUGUCCUCGUCCUCAGCCACCGUCACUCCAGGCAAAACUGGCCACCACGACAAGAAGCGCGACGAGGUUACCCCAGGCUCAGGUGGCGGAGACAAGGCCGGAGGGAAACGCUCAAGGCGUCAGAAAAAUGGAGACAAUCGGGAAAGUUACGGCGGUCUCGAUCACACCGAGGAACUGGGAGUGGGAGCGUCCCGGGAAAAGAGGGCCAAAACAUCUUCCAAGAAAAAGAAAAGGUCAAAAGGAAAGUCUGAGCGAGAAGUGUCACCCCCAGACCUGCCCAUCGAUCCAGACGAGCCGACGUACUGCCUGUGUGAGCAGGUGUCUUACGGCGAGAUGAUUGGCUGUGACAACGAUGAAUGUCCCAUUGAGUGGUUUCAUUUCUCCUGCGUUGGGCUCCAUCAUAAGCCCAAAGGCAAGUGGUACUGCCCCAAGUGUCGGGGUGAGAACGAGAAGACCAUGGACAAGGCCUUAGAGAGGGCCAAAAAGGAGAGGGCAUACAACAGGUAGCUUGCUCUCUUUCUCCCAAUGAACACUGUUUCGUUCAGAUUUUGUCUUGUCUUUGUUUCUUUUUCUGUCAACACUGUUUAGCAAGAAGAAUGAACUGAUGAGAAGGGUGUAAAUAGAUAUUUUUGUAACUGCCGCAUACCUUAGAAAAAAGUUUCCUGCCUCCUGCUUGGGAUCAUUUGUAAAGGAUGGACCCGGCACAGAUUAACCUGCAUGUAACUUACAUCCCCUUUGUUUUCAUCAUGCAUGCAACAUCUCCCACACCAAUAUAUAUAUAUAUGCUCAAUUGACCAAUAAACCAUUUUCAAACUUUAAAGAAUUUGAUGUUUUUGACAUCACAGUCAAAUAAU